AUGGAUACUCUUUUCCUAGAACAUUACAAGAAGUGGAGUGUUAUUCUUGAAAAAACAUUGGAAAUCAACAACAAGUCCAGGAUAGAUAAGCGGCAUAGUAUCCUACCGGAGAGUCACCCAAUAUGGCACCAGAGUAGCGUUCCAACUAUCAAAGACUGCGACGUUGCCUUUAAAGAAUAUGCAGUCCAAUUCGCGGAAGACGCAGCAAAGAAGGCCAUUGCUGACUGGGGUGGCGCUACUACGGAUAUUACUCAUGUGGUUGCGGCUACAUGUUCGAAUACCUCCAGUCCUGGCUUCGAUGCUGAGCUUAGCAGAAGACUGGGGCUGGGAAAGAAUACCCAGCGAAUUCUUGUACAGGGGUUGGGUUGUGCUGGCGGUGUCGCCGCUCUUCGAACUGCAUAUCACCACCUUCUUGCUGCUGUAAACCAAGACAAACCAGCAAGGGCUCUUGUUAUUUCAUGUGAGGCUAUGUCUAUUUUUGCCCGAAAUGAGCUUGACAACAUUAUCAACAAACAGCUUCCUAGUGUUGCGCCAGCUUUGUUCGGCGAUUGUUCCAGCGCAAUGGUGCUAAGCAAUGGAAUUGGGGUAAAAACUUCGGAAAAGGAGCCAAUCUGGAAUAUCCUUGGGGUUCAGACGACGCUACUAGCGACCCCUGGCUGUAUUGAAUAUAAUAUUGGCUACCUCGCAGUUAUCACUAAGGAAGUCCCAAAGCAAAUAGCGUUGGCGUUGCCUUCGGGAUUUCAGGAACUGAUUGCAUCUACUGAGUGCCUCCGUUCGGAGAAGUCGAACUUUGAUCCCGCUACCUAUGACUGGGCCUUGCACCCUGGUGGCUAUAUGAUCAUCAAUAUUGGCCAGGAGGCACUUGGUCUAUCGCCACAUCAUUUGCGGAAGACCUACGAAGCUUAUACAACAGCCGGGAAUACUGGUGCGUCCACUGUGCUUAGCAUUAUGGACAAACUGGCGCAUGAGCGAGCGUCUGGAGGGGACGCACGCGACAAGGUUGUUGGUGUGGCCUUUGGUCCUGAUAUCACUAUGGAAAUGGUUCUGUUGAUGAAGCCAUCCUGUGGGUAA